CAUCCGAGGUCCGCCGCCGCCCGCGGAUUUAAGCGGCUCGACGGUGGCAAGACGCUACUUGUCCAAACCUUCUUAGCUCAGCCUCAGCCUGUACACUCUCACUCCCAAUGCGAUUUCCCACCAUGAUAAACGUUGUAGCCGUAUGCCUCGUCCUCUCCACCCUGGCCGCCGCCGGCGUCUGGUCGCCAGCGCCUCCGCCGCCGGCCCAGCAGCACGGUGAGCAUGUCCUCCGGGAGGGCCGCCGCGUCGUCAUCGUCGAGUACGAGCGCGAGCUCCCGCUCACCCCGGGCCAGGGCUCCGCCAAAGAGACGCACGUCUUGCCCCCUCACGCUCUCGACGGCGUCGAGGCGAAAGAAACGGUGUCGGAGGAAGCCAGGGGAGCCGUCUCCAACGCGGCGGACAAGGUGGCUGGCGCGGCGGAGGAUGGCAAGGAGAAGUUGUCCAAUGCCAAGGAGAGCGCCACGGGCAAGGUGUUCGGCGCGGUGAAGCGCUGCAAGGACAGGCUCUGCGGCGCCGCCAAGGGGUUGGAGGAGGGCGCGAGAGUCGGGGUCUCCCGCGUCAAAGAUGGCGCCGAGGACACGGUGACAGCUGCCGGGGAGACGCUCUCUGGUGCCAAGGACAAAGCGGAGGGCAAGGUGUUCGACGCUGCAUCAGAGGCGAAGGGCGCUGCGAUGAGUGCCAAGGACAAGGUCUCCGAAGCAGCCGGUGGAGCCAAGGAGAAGGCAGCACACAUCAAGGAUGGAGCGGCUGGAACCGUGAGGAGUGCCAAGGACAAGGUCUCCGAAGCAGCCGGUGGAGCCAAGGAGAAGGCAGCACACGUGAAGGACAAAGCAGCUGAAACAGUGACGAAUGCCAAGGGCAAGGUUUCAGAAGCAGCCGGUGAAGCCAAGGAGAAAGCAUCGCACGUGAAGGACCGAGCAGCUGAGACAGUGACCAGUGCCAAGGGCAAGGUCUCUGAAGCUGCAGGGAACGCCAAAGACAAGGUCUCUGACAUCGCAGAACGAGCAGAGGAUUACGCCGGGGAUGCUGCAGGGAACGCGGCCGAGAAGGUGGCGCGAGCCGAGGAGGUCGCGAAGGCGAAGGCUGGGGAGGUGACCAAGAACCUGACCGACAUCGCGAGGCGGGCCCGGGAGGUGGCGUCCGAUGCAGCCGGAUACCUGCUCGGCGCGCCCAUGGAGGCCGCGCGCACCGCGACGGCGGUGAUGCAUCUGCUCGGGUUCGCCACGGCCUACGGCGCGUGCGUGUGGGUGACGUUCGUGUCGAGCCACGUCCUCGCUGCGUCGCUGCCCCGGCAGCAGCUCGGCGUGGUGCAGAGCAAGCUGUACCCGGUGUACUUCCGCGCCAUGGCCUACUGCGUCGGCCUGGCCCUGGCGGCGCACCUGCUCGGCCGCGAGAGGAGCUCCUUCGCGGCGCGCGCCCAGACCUUCAACUUGCUCAGCGCGCUGGGACUGGUCCUCGCCAACAUGCUGCUUCUCGAGCCAAAAGCCACCAAGGUGAUGUUCGAAAGGAUGAAAGUGGAGAAGGAAGAAGGCAGAGGAAGGGACAUGUCCGACAUCAUCGACCCGCCGGCCGUCACGGUGGCCACGGCCGCCACGACCACCACAGCCGCCCCCACGGCAGCAGGAGCCCGCAGCCCGGUGGACGGCACGACGGGAACCGUCAGGGCGGCGAAGACCACGACGACGACGACCUCGGUGACGGCGCCCGACGCGGAGAUGGCCAAGAGCAAGGUGGUGAGGCUGAACAAGCGGCUGAAGCAGCUCAACGGCUACUCGUCCCUGUGCAACGUGCUGUCCCUGAUGGCCCUGACGUGGCACCUCGUUCACCUGGCUCGCCGCCUGCAGAUGAGUACCGCCUGCUAGGCUCAUCGUCCCCGUGCAAAUGGAUGUAGUCUUCGUUGUAGCUUUGCUUUCGUGUUUUACGUAGUGUGGUCUGACACGUGCGUGGUUGCUCGGUGUGUUUGAGCAACCGCUCUGUAGAUUUAGGCAUCGUGUUCCCCCUCCGGUGUGUACUAGGAUGGCAUCUGAAUAUUAGCUUUGUUGUA